CCUUGUGCUUCUAGCAGACGUAGCAGUUCCAGCUGGAGGAAGAGACACACACACACACCCUGACACACACGCCGCCGGGUUGAACUACAACACACCACAAAACAUCUACAAGUCGGCGACGCCACGAGGGAAAAGUUUGCCGUCGUGGGGGGAAAAGUCGGCGCUCACCAGAUACUUAAAGGCGGAAGCGGAGGCGGAGGUGUGCUGUUGCCAUGGCACCCUUCUUGCGCAUCGCCUUUAAAGCUUAUGAUGCAGGUGCUCUGACUCCUGGGUCUGACCCCCUCAUUUGUGCCAUCAAGGUGAAGGAGCCUGUCAGCACAGAGCGAGGAAAAACAUUUGUUCAGCGGAAGCCCACUUUGUAUCCAUCGUGGAAGACCAGUUUUGAUGCUCAUAUUCAUGAGGGGCGUGUCGUAGAAGUGCUCCUGGUGCAAAGUGCGGGGUUGCCAAUGGCCAAUGCUACAGUUACCUUGGCUUCAUUAGCAGAACGCUGUAAAAUGUCCAAGAACAAUGGUCGUGCUGAGUUCUGGUUGGACCUGACGCCUUCUGGAAAGGUCCAAAUUUCUCUCCAGUAUUUCUUGGAGGAAAGCGAUGCAACACAAAACCAACCAUCUGUAAGAGUCGCCCCUGGUGAUGGACUCACGACUCUCACCAGAAGGAGGGGAGCAAUCAAGCAGCCCAAGCUUCACAUCAUCAAAAACCACGAGUUUUCCGCCACGUUCUUCCACCAGCCUACCUUCUGCUCUGUUUGUAGGGAAUUUCUAUGGGGUCUCAACAAGCAAGGCUACAAGUGCAGACAGUGCAAUGCGGCAAUUCACAAGAAAUGCAUCGAAAAGAUUAUUGGCAAGUGCACUGGCACGGCGGCCAACAGUCGUGACACGAUGUUCCAGAGAGAGCGCUUCAAUAUUGAUAUGCCCCAUCGCUUCAAGUACAAUACCUACAGGAGCCCUACCUUCUGUGACCACUGUGGCACCCUGCUUUGGGGUCUUUAUAGACAAGGAAAUAAAUGUGAAGAUUGUGGCAUGAACGUUCAUAGUUACUGUCAGAAAAAAGUGGCUAAUCUUUGUGGAAUCAACCAGAAGGUGUUGGCUGAAGUUCUCUCGCAAGUCUCCCAGAAGUCUAAUAACCAUUCAGCAGAUAUUGGCAUCUAUGAAGACAUCAAAAAUGCAACAACAGAUCGUGCUGCUGGGAAUGAUAAUCAAAAGGCCUUGAGCUCCUUUUCCCGGGGGCGCCUCACUGUCAACCAACUGGUCUUCCACAAAGUUUUGGGCAAAGGCAGCUUUGGCAAGGUGCUGUUGGCUGAACUGAAGGGCCAACGCCAAUACUUUGCUGUAAAAGUUCUAAAAAAAGAUGUGGUUCUCAUGGAUGAUGAUGUGGCAUGUACCAUGGUGGAGAAGAGAGUCCUUUCCCUCGCUUGGGAGAACCCUUUCCUCACGCACCUUUACGCCACAUUCCAGUCUAAAGAGCACCUAUUCUUUGUGAUGGAAUACCUCAAUGGCGGCGACUUGAUGUUCCAUAUCCAAGACAAAGGCCGCUUUGAUCUCGUCAGAACCAUAUUCUACGCUGCUGAGAUAGUUGUGGCACUGCAGUUCCUCCACUCAAAAGGAAUUAUCUACAGGGAUCUGAAGCUGGAUAAUGUCAUGCUGGACAAAGACGGCCACAUUAAAAUAGCAGACUUUGGCAUGUGUAAAGACAAUGUGUUUGAAGCUGUCCGAGCCUCAACAUUCUGUGGGACACCGGACUAUAUUGCACCUGAGAUCCUAUUGGGGCAGAAGUACACUUUCUCAGUGGACUGGUGGUCUUUUGGCGUGUUGGUCUAUGAGAUGCUGAUCGGUCAAUCACCUUACCAAGGCGACAGUGAGGAUGAACUAUUUGAGUCCAUCCGGUCGGAAACCCCACACUACCCUCGAUGGAUACAAAAAGAGGCCCUGAAUCUGCUUGAGCUGCUGUUCGUGCAUGAUCCCGCUUCCAGACUUGGUGUGGUCGGAGACAUCCGAGCACAACCGUUCUUCAAAAAUAUCGACUGGUCGGCUCUGGAGAGGAGAGAAGUGGAGCCCCCUUUCAAGCCCAAAGUGAAAUCUCCAAGCGACUGCAGCAACUUUGACAAAGAGUUCCUGAGCGAAAAGCCGCGGCUCUCCCAUGGCGAGAAGAACCUCAUCGAGUCGAUGGAUCAGACGGCGUUUGCCGGCUUUUCAUUUAUCAACCCCAAACUUGAACAUAUGAUGAGCAAAUGAAAAGACAAACUGAUCACUGACUUUCACUUGAUCUAUUUACUUUAACCGGAUGAAUCAGAACAAGAUGUAAUGUCUCAGUCAAAUAAUUACCACACUAUAUGUGUAUUUUAGGGACAUGCUUCAUCUACUAUAGUAUAAUCUAAUCGAAACUGAAGGGUUACUGUUUUUUUAUUACUCAUGUGUAAUGUUUUAUUAAUGUAAUCGCUGUCGCUAACCAAAUCAUCUCAUGUACUGAAUCCUAAAAUGUACAUUCAAAGAUAAAAUUAUCUGUACAUAUUUUAUCGCACUUGUAUUGACCCAUCCAAAACCUCCAGUAGUCCAAUAAUUCAUUUGUUAUAGUGAAUUAAUUUGCAUCAAAGUUGCAAUGAAAAAAUGAAGUAGUGAAGAUGGUGUAGGAAAACUGUAAAUGUCUGAAAAGUGUUAUUUAUUCAUUGUCAGUGAUCAGCUCUCUUUAAAACUGCACAAAAUGAAGUCAAAACAAUGCAGGGAUAGCAUGAUACUACCUGCGUUUAAAUAUUGCUAUUGAGGGGAGUAUUUUUGUUGGAAGAAUGGCCAUUUGAAGUACAUGACUUUUACCGUGAAGCAAAUACAACCGGAUAUUGGCAUUUAGGUGCUGCUUUUUCUUUUUUUAAAUUCACUCUUUUACAUCUUAUAAAUAAAACCUUUCUUCCAUUGUG